AUGACUAAAAUGGGAUUGUGGCCGAUAAGUUGCGGGAUUAAUGAGGGUUCAUUCAGGAAUGAAUUAGAAAUGGUGCCCCUUGAAUGGAGGCGGCAGCAAGAGCCACCCAGUGACAUUGAGAGUGAGCUUAAUAAUUAUAGAAUUGGCUCAGACCCUCCGACUAUCGAUGGAUCGUUGAGUGCAGUUGAUGGGGUUUUAGGGAACCCUAAUGCUUUUACUGAAUUUGCAAGCAAUAACAAUAAUCACCAUACUGCAAUGUCUGAGCAAGAGCUUAGGUCUGAUCCUGGUGAUUUGUCAUAUUAUCAUUCGGACAUUAGCUUAAAUCGUAGGUCUGUACAAGGGUGGCACGGUACGAACUCGGUGUUAGGGGGAAUUGGGGAUAAUAGAAGAGUGAGUGAGGUUGAGAAUGGAUCUGGUAGGUGGUUUAGUUCGAAUAAAGAAGUGUCGGAGGCUGAGCCAGAGAAGGUCCAGGGAUCAGUUGAUUGGGUUAAGGAUGGAUUACCUGGGCUGCAGGGUUUUAGGCUUGCUGAUUUGCGGAACGAUCUUGCUGGAACUUUUCAGGUGAGAAAUGAGAGUUGCACCAUACUGAUAAUUGAAUAUGUUCAUGAUCUUUGGCUCACUCUUAAUGUUGAACUUAUCUGUAGUGACGUAGGUCGUUCUGGUCCUCCCCCAAGACAUACCUCUUGUCUUGCGAGCCACAGCGCUUUUGAUGAAAACGCAGAUAAAAUAGGUCCAUCUGAAGCAAUAAUGUCUUUAUAUAUACAGCGUUCUUUGGCCUCUCAGAAUGUUGCCUCACCUGCUUCCUUUACGCAUGCUUCUGUAUUGGGUGCAUCAUUGUCAAGAAGCACCCCAUCAGAAAUGAACGACUCUUCUGAUCUGGUAGCUGCUAUGUCUGACAUGAAUCUCCAGACCAACUUUAAUGUUGACUAUGAAAAUCAUUUUCCAUCUCAGAUUGAACAACAAAAUUCCACUGUUGUUAACUUUGCCUUAAAUAUGCCAAGUGGCCAUGAUUUUGUUAAGCAAUAUCCAUGUAUGAUGAAAUCAGAAUCAAGUUAUUUUCUUAAGCCUAGAAGAAAUAUGGGUGGCUCGGAUCUGAGGAGCCCCCAGGUUGAGUGUCCGAAAUCUGGUUUUAGCCAUGGUGUUCCGUAUUCUAAUGGAAUGUCUCCAUCAUCUAUUAAUGGAUCCAGUUUAUUCUUUAAUGAUGCUCAUGUUGAAGGAAGCAGCUCAUCGUCUGAUGGAUUUUCUCUGAAUUCAUUUUCCCAGAAUUCACCUGCGCCAUAUAUGAUGGGAAGCCAGCUUGAAUACUUCAAUUUGUCUCCGCAGCAGGAAAAUGUUGCUGCUGCUUCAGCUAUGGGUCUCCAUGGGCUCGAUUCAAGAGUUUCGGCUAGUUCUUUGCCUUUUGGAAAUAAUUAUACAGCUUCUCCCAUAUCUGGCCGGUUAGGAAAUCAAAUGUCGGGAGAUGCUUUACAGCCUACUCAUGCAGACGCAAUGGAUCUACGACAUCUUAGACGAAAUGCUACACAUGUCACUGGUUUGAUAGACUCCAUUCCUGAGUAUAAUUAUAUGGAGCUAUUUCAAAAGACGCACCCUGGAUAUGGGAUCUCCCCAAAAAAAUCACGAUCUAGUGCUUUUUUGAGUAACGAAUUACGCUGUUCUAAUCAGGGUUGCUAUUGCUAUCAUGCAUAUGGGGUUGGCAAUGGCAUGGAAUAUGCUAGAAGUCCAUUGACAAGUCAUAUAACUCCAAAUUCCCAUGCUGGACUACGUUAUCCAAUAAGGCACAACGAGCUUGGUACACGUUAUUCAUUGAAAAGUUUUGGAUCAUCUUUGUUGGAGGAGUUUAAGAUCAAUAAGAAAAACUUUUCUGAACUUUCAGAAAUUGCUGGCUAUAUUGUUGAUUUCAGUUCCGAUCAAUUUGGGAGCCGUUUCAUUCAGCAAAAACUCGAAACUGCUUCAACCGAAGAGAAAAUUAUGGUUUAUGCAGAAAUUGUGCCUCAUGCUCUUGAGCUAAUGAAUAAUGUGUUUGGGAAUUAUGUGAUUCAGAAGAUUUUGGAGCAUGGAAUGGAUACUCAAAGAAGAGAACUUGCUAGCAUGCUUUAUGGUCGUGUGUUGGCCCUUAGCCAGACAACAUAUGGUUGCCGUGUUAUCCAGAAGGCUAUUGAAAUAGCUGAUUUGGAUCAGAAGAUUAAAAUAAUUCAGGAGCUUGAUGGUUAUAUAAUGCAAUGUGUGCAUGAUCAAAAUGGGAACCAUGUUAUCCAGAAAUGUAUUAGAUGUGUUCCAGAAAAGCAUAUUCAGUUUAUAGUUGAAUCAUUUUUUGAUCAAGUUGCUCUUCUUUCAACCCAUCCAUACGGGUGUCGAGUGAUUCAGAGGGUUCUUGUGCACUGUAAAGAUCCACGGACGCAACGCAAAGUUAUGGAAGAGAUUCUGGUUUCAGUUAGCAUGUUGGCACAAGAUCUAUAUGGAAAUUAUGUGGUUCAGCAUGUAAUAGAACAUGGAAAGCCACAUGAACGGUCAGCAGUUAUCAAGGAAUUGGCCAGAGAGAUAGUUGAAAUGAGUCAGCAGAAGUACGCAUCCAAUGUUGUUGAGAAAUGUCUCUAUUAUGGCAAUGCAGAAGAACGGGAAAUUCUGGUAAAUGAGAUGCUUGUCUACACCGAAGAUUAUGAUCCUCUUCAGGUGAUGAUGAAGGACCAAUUCGCAAAUUAUGUUGUACAGAAGGCGUUAGAUGUUUGCAGUGAUCAGCAGAUGAAGUGCAUCGUGUCACGAUGUGUUGCUUCUUUGAAUGUGUUGAAGAAAUACACUUAUGGGAAACAUAUUGUUUCAAGAGUUGAAAAGCUUAUUGCUACAGGAGAAAGGAGAAUUGUUGGGCAGAAUUGAGAGCGUGCAUAGGUGGUAUAGGAAAAAUCAAAGUUUGUACAGCUAAUGGAAGCCAUUACACUUAUUCUUUGUCUACUUAAGAUCUAUAGGUAACGGGACUAGGUUAGGGAACCUACGAAUAAAAGUUCUGUUUUGCAUUUUAGGAAAUUCGUACAUUUUUAGUAUUUAGGGCUAUACAUUUGAAUCAACAAAGCUGUGCUGAUAUUUCACCGUAAGGGCUGGCCAAAGUGAUGUUCUAAACCCUUGGAGAUCUAAUACCCCUCUCAUUCUUCAAGAUAAGCGAACAAUCUGUUUCAUUAUUCAGCUUUUACUUCUACAUUUCUUCAUCAAUUUGUCUUCGUCAUCUGUAUUUAUAAUCUUCAAAUCUAUAUAGGAGUUCACUCUCAAUCUCUUCAACAUUUCUUUCUGAUCUCCCAUUGAUUUGUUCUUCAUGGCUUCUGCAUUUCGACGAUGGUAAUGAAGAUCCUGUUGUUGUCAAGAAGAUUGUUAAGUGCAAGUUACUAUUUUUUUUAUAAUUUCCUUUUUUUUUGUUGAUGGCUUCAGCUUUUUUUUUCUUUGUUGUUGAUUGUUACGUGAAUUUGUUUUUUAUUGGGAUGG